AAUGAGAGAAAUCGUUAGUAUUCAAGCUGGACAAUGUGGAAACCAGAUUGGAGCUAAGUUCUGGGAGGUUAUUUCUGAUGAGCACGGUAUCGAUCAAACUGGAAGUUAUCAUGGAGAUUCUGAUUUACAAUUGGAGAGGAUUAAUGUCUAUUUCAAUGAAGCUACUGGUGGAAAGUAUGUACCCCGAUCAGUCUUGGUUGACCUAGAACCAGGAACUAUGGAUUCUGUUCGGUCUGGUCCUUUUGGACAAAUUUUUAGGCCGGAUAAUUUCAUUUUUGGUCAAAGCGGAGCAGGAAAUAAUUGGGCUAAAGGUCACUAUACUGAAGGAGCAGAGCUGGUUGAUUCCAUUUUGGAUAUUGUUAGGAAAGAGGCAGAGAGUUGUGACUGCUUGCAAGGAUUUCAAAUGACCCAUUCGUUAGGUGGGGGAACUGGCUCAGGAAUGGGAACUCUUCUAAUUUCUAAAAUCAGGGAGGAAUAUCCUGAUAGAAUUAUGAAUACUUUCUCAGUCGUGCCCUCUCCAAAGGUUUCUGAUACUGUCGUUGAACCUUAUAAUGCUACACUUUCCGUUCACCAGCUAGUUGAAAACACAGAUGAAACAUAUUGUAUUGAUAAUGAAGCUUUAUAUGAUAUAUGUUUUAGAACUUUGAAGCUCACCACUCCAACUUAUGGUGAUUUGAAUCAUUUAGUUUCAGCAACUAUGUCAGGUGUUACUACGUGCCUACGAUUCCCUGGCCAAUUAAAUGCUGAUCUAAGAAAAUUGGCGGUCAAUAUGAUACCCUUCCCAAGACUGCAUUUUUUUAUGCCUGGAUUUGCUCCGUUGACAUCAAGAGGAAGUCAACAAUAUAGAGCCCUUACUGUUCCUGAACUAACCCAACAAAUAUUUGAUGCUAAGAAUAUGAUGGCUGCUUGCGAUCCACGCCACGGUCGUUACUUAACCGUAGCAGCCCUCUUCAGAGGUCGUAUGUCUAUGAAAGAAGUAGAUGAACAGAUGCUUAAUGUUCAGAAUAAGAACAGCAGUUACUUUGUCGAAUGGAUACCAAAUAAUGUAAAAACUGCUGUUUGUGACAUACCUCCUAGAGGUCUGAAAAUGGCCGCAACAUUUGUUGGGAAUACAACUGCCAUUCAAGAACUAUUCAAACGAGUUUCUGAGCAGUUUACUGCUAUGUUCAGAAGAAAAGCUUUUCUUCAUUGGUAUACAGGUGAAGGCAUGGAUGAAAUGGAAUUCACUGAAGCUGAGUCAAACAUGAACGAUCUUGUAUCUGAAUAUCAGCAGUAUCAGGAUGCUACUGCUGAUGAAGAGGGGGAAUACGAAGAAGACGAAGAAAUACAAGAAGGUUAA